AUGCUGAGCUCACGCCCACUCGAUCUGAACCAUGGAGAUGGUCCGUCAUUCAAGACCCCAGCCAGAGGCCUGAAAGGCAAGAAUGGUCCUCAAGAAAACGUCUACGGCCUCAGCAUGACAGUCAAUGCAAAGGGCAAGAGCUUGCAAACCCCCCGUCGGCCGCUGACCGUCCAGAGCCAUAAGGCCUUGAGCAACAGUAUCAAGCCCAUGGUGCGCAUCGCUCGCCCGCUCGGCGACAAGACGCCCUUCCCCAACCGCGUCGCGCCCGCCGUGCCCUUCGAAAGCCCGGCUCCCAAAACAGGGAAGCUCGCCAAGCUGUCCCUCCUCGACGCCGACGACACCCCAGCGAAGCCCGCCAUCAGUCCCGGGGCGCUUCUCCGCCCGUCGUCCGCGCGGAAGAGCCUGCGCGCGCCGCGGCCGAGUCUGGUGGGCAACUGCUUCAAGACGCCGAUCACGACGGGGAACCACUGGGAUGUGAGCGAUGGGGAUGUGAGCGUCGCGGAGGCGGAGGCCGAGGAAGAGAAGGUCGAGGUGCAGGAGGAGGACUAUGAUGAGAUCGAGUACAUGCCCCCGACGGCGAUCAUCCCGCCGUACGAGCCCCCGUUCGAGAUGCCCGAUUACAGUGUGGUUGGUAAGACCCUACUGGAAAUGGCUUACUGCCCCAAGUUCGACGACUCCGUGGAUGCGUACUAUGCUGCGGACAUCGAGAUCGAGAUCGAUUCGGAAGAGGUAUGGCUCGCGAGCGGGUUCGUCGCGGAUCCGUCUAAAUGGGAAAGGCUCGAACUUCCUGAGCUCGGUACGUCAGUGGUCUACUCAUGA